AUGUGGCUCUCUGAUAACCAGAAGAUCGGUGUCAUCUUUUGCUCCGGUGGAGGACUGUUCCUCUUCGGAGGCGUGCUGAUGUUCUUUGAUCGCUCGCUACUCGCAAUGGGAAACAUCCUCUUCCUAAUCGGCCUAACCCUAAUAAUCGGCCUCCAAAAAACCAUCGCGUUCUUCUCGCGCCGCCAAAAACUAAAAGGCACGGCCGCCUUCGCGGCCGGCAUCCUCCUGAUCCUCCUGCGCUGGCCCCUCACGGGCUUCCUGAUCGAGCUGUACGGCCUGUUUAUUCUCUUCGGGGACUUUUUGAUCACGAUUGGGCAGUUUGCGGGGAAUGUGCCGGUCGUGGGGCCGUAUGUUCAGAAGGCGUUGGAGACGUUGGCCGGGGGGAGGAGUAAUGCUGAAUUGCCGGUAUAA